AUGGGGUUACGCACAGGGCUCAUCAUCGGGUCAACGUCCUUCCUGUUAGGAACCUUGGCCAUGCACUGGACCGCAGAUCACUUGAUACUCUGGCAGUCACCCGUCACGUUCGACUCGGUCGUUACAGCAUACACUUAUUAUAGGGAUACCAUGAUCGAUAUGCCUUCUCUAUCCCGCAAGUUGCUUCAUGCUAUCGGGACAUUUGCUGCGCUACUGCUCAUUUCGAAAGCGCUCGGCGGUCGAGAGAGCAACUGGCUCUUUGACGGCGCUUCCCUCUUCCUCUUUGGCGCUUCAGGCCUUGUCUACUACCACAAGAUUGAACCAAGCCUUGCUACUUUACCACCAAACGCUCCCUCGCCAGGUGAAGGCCUCGUUGAUGGUAGAGAUGCUGUCUUUGCUCCUCUUGGCGAGAUCGCUACUUCACAUACCGUUCUCGCCGUCGCUCUGGUUGGCGUCAUCCUUCUCCAAAGCGGACAGUACUACAGCGAGCGUCUGGAAGAGCGCGAGCGCAUCGAAGGUGACGAGGCCCGCAUCCGAAGGCGUCAACGGAGGCGCGAGCAGCAAGAGAAACGCAAGGAGCGGCUACAGCCAGCCACCUCAGCUUCAUCCUAA